AUGUCCUAUAUUUUCCAGUCCCUGCAUUUUUGGAGAGUGCGCCUUGCCUUACUCCCGCUACAAAAACCAGCAAGUGAAAGAUCGUUGAGCAGCGAUGCGGAGGAAAAAGAAAACGAACUACAAUUCAAAUAUUUUCAAGGAUUUCUAAGAUUUCUUGAAACUGUGAAUCGAAUUCGAAGACCUCCUGUCACCAAAGUUAAGGUGGGUUCUAGAAACGCGUGAAGACGGUAAAGUUUACAUGUUCUUGAAUCUGGGCUACCUUAAAGUGAUCUGAUGUUGUAUAGAACUCACUGCUGAGCUAAGCAUGGUUAGAUUGUGCAGAGGUAGUACAUGUUCUUGAAUGUGAGCUAUCUUAAAGUGAUCUGAUGUUGUAUAGAACUCACUGCUGAGCUAAGCAUGGUUAGAUCAUGUAGAGGUAGUACAUGUUCUUGAAUGUGGGCUAUCUUAAAGUGAUGUGAUGUUGUAUAGAACUUACUGCUGAGUUAGGCAUGGUUAGAACAUGUAGGGGUAGUACAUGACGUUGAAUGUGAGCUAUCUUAAAGUGAUCUGAUGUUGUAUAGAACUCACUGCUGCGUUAAGCAUGGUUAGAUCAUGUAGAGAUAGUACAUGUUCUUGAAUGUGGGCUAUCUUAAAGUGAUCUGAUGUUGUAUAGAACUCACUGCUGAGCUAAGCAUGGUUAGAUCGUGCAGAGGUAGUACAUGUUCUUGAAUGUGAGCUAUCUUAAAGUGAUCUGAUGUUGUAUAGAACUCACUGCUGAGCUAAGCAUGGUUAGAUCAUGUAGAGGUAGUACAUGUUCUUGAAUGUGGGCUAUCUUAAAGUGAUGUGAUGUUGUAUAGAACUUACUGCUGAGUUAGGCAUGGUUAGAACAUGUAGGGGUAGUACAUGACGUUGAAUGUGAGCUAUCUUAAAGUGAUCUGAUGUUGUAUAGAACUCACUGCUGCGUUAAGCAUGGUUAGAUCAUGUAGAGAUAGUACAUGUUCUUGAAUGUGGGCUAUCUUAAAGUGAUCUGAUGUUGUAUAGAACUCACUGCUGAGCUAAGCAUGGUUAGAUCGUGCAGAGGUAGUACAUGUUCUUGAAUGUGAGCUAUCUUAAAGUGAUCUGAUGUUGUAUAGAACUCACUGCUGAGCUAAGCAUGGUUAGAUCAUGUAGAGGUAGUACAUGUUCUUGAAUGUGGGCUAUCUUAAAGUGAUGUGAUGUUGUAUAGAACUUACUGCUGAGCUAAGCAUGGUUAGAUCAUGUAGAGGUAGGACAUGACCUUGAAUGUGAGGUGCCUUAAAGUGAUCUGACGUUGUACAAAUGACAGUAACUAGUAUUUUAAAUAAAUAAUAUUGAUAUUUGUUCAAGGUGAAGAAAACUCCCACAAAGUCACGAAGACCAAGUGCGCCUGCGCUGAUGAAAAGUCCUGCUGGUGUACGCACACAUCGACGUAGCAGAAGUGGUGGAGGUAGCAAGGACUUGGAAACUUUGGCCGAGGAUGGCAUGGUUACCCUGGAUUCUAGCAACAGUUCACCUGGUCAUGACAUCGACAGGUAUGUGAGGGUGUUGUUAGCAUAGUGAUUAUUAUAUAUUGUACAUUAUUCAGUUCUCUGAGUGCAUUCGUCUGUCUUGUGUAAUACAAUUACUUUAUGGUUUCCGUGUUUGGAUGGCCGGAUCCAAACACGCGGGAAUGCUGCCAGAGUUAAGAAAAACAAUCCCAAGUGUUUGGAUCAGGCCAUCCAAACACGGAAACCAUAAAGUAAUUGUUUUAUAAAAUAACAACUUUCCGUGUUAAAAUUUCACUUUAAAAACUUUCACUUUAAAUUUCCGUGUUUGGAUGGCCUGAUCCAAACACGGGUUUCGACCAAUCAGAGCACGCGUUAUGUACAUGUUAUUUUAUAAUAAUCAUUAAUGAGGUUCAGAUUUGACGUCCACUACCACUUCCAUUAAGGGACCAUUAGCCAAUCAGAUGCGUUUGAUAUAUCCGAUCAACCAAUCAGAUGUUUACUAAGCCAGUGAGAGGUAGUAGUAGCGGUAGUGGAAGUCAAAUCUGAACCUCUAUAUAAUUUCAGUGUGCCACCAAGACGCAGAUCUUCAAGCAGCGAGAAUGAGGAUAAUUCCAACCCAAUACCUCUUUUGGAAGAAAUCGUAAAAGAAAUGCGAGCGAAAGAGUAAGUAAUAGAAACAAUGUAUUGGUUGGUUUCAGUAAGCAAUUUAAAAUUGAUUAGCUUCGCCACAGGCUGGGUAACCGAAACAGCAGUUGCCAAUUACUGCGGCCCCAAAGCAAUACAGGGCAUCAGAUCCAAGUCAACUUCAGAAAUGUUGACACUUAUAGUAGCAAAAAUGUUAUACAACAGGGGUCUUCACCCCUUUUUUUCGGCGACCCAAACCCAAGCUUCAUAGGUGUCCCGCGACCCUGAACACUGCCAAUAAAACUUUCGAUAAUUAAAAACAUUAUGGCUUUUCACCGAAAGCUCCCGAGUGUAUGACGACGACUCUACUUCGGAAGACGACGUGCGCCGAAGGCGCGCCGAGUGGUGCUAAGCCAUAAUGUUUGAGUUACAUGAAGUAAAAGGUAUUAUAUCUAAAUCUUUACCAGUUUACCUGUUUACCAUAUUAUUCUAGCAAUCUAGCGCUUGAGCGCUUCAUAAUAAUCGUGAAAAAACAUUAUAAUUGCAAAUUUCGCAAGGAAAUAUUCAUAUGUAAAUAUAUGCAUCUUAUCACUUGAUCUCUCGUCUUGUAAAGUUUACUAGUGUAAGUUCGCGACCCUAGACAAGCAUUGCGACCCAUGCGACCCAAGACAAGCCUUGCGACCUUCGAGGGUGUGCUAGCGACCCAAUUUUGGGUCGCGACCCAUGGUUUGAAGACCCCUGUUAUACAAGACUAUUAACAUUAAUAUUAUUUUCUCAUUCUGCUAGCUGCAGGUUGACCAGCAUCCGCUGAAAUUGAGUUAUGUAAAGACAUUCUUAGCUUACUGUAAGUUUUUGACGUAUUUUUUAGAACUGGUUUGAACUUUCUCUCCGAGAUGCGAGGUCUCCCACCAAUGUGUUUUCUGGGAACUGAUGCAACAUUAUGGAUUAUACACCACAUUCAUCCCGUGAAAUCUCGUGCUGAAGCGGUGGAGCUGGGUCAGGUUAGCCAUGGCUAGUCUUUUACGCCAAAUUUUGUGGCACACUAAUUAGAACCUUUAACCCUCUUGAAACCAGGUUGGGAUUCUUGCAAUAUCCGGUUGUCUGAUUAUAAUUUCGCCUCAGUUGCAUUUAGAAGAGUGCUUCCAGUUUGACUCUCCGGGUACUCCGGUUGUACUAACCUGAGUAUCAGGCUCUAUUUUACAAAUAGAGCCUGACACAAAACUUAACCUGAUCGCUUUCCGCCCACAGCAAAGUUUAUAUUUAGUAUCCAAUCAAAAUGUCGCAGGAGAAAUUUAAAUUUCACACAACGACAACAACAAUCUAAUUAUAACAUAGGCGCCCACUAAACGGCUGAAUUUAAAUUAAAACUGCAAUGAACUUAUAAAAUUAACAAAAAUAAUCACAAAUUAGCGAAAUAUAUUGCAAAUGUAGCUUAUAUUAAAUCGCCACCCGAUUGCUCUCUCCUCCGCAGAGGUUUCAGUGACUACAAUGAGCUUUACAUGGCGCUUGCCGUAUUUAUCAACAAACAGUGACGUAUAAUUAUAAAGUAUAUAUAUAUAUAUAUUAAGUAUACUUUAUAACUAUACGUCAGUCGAUAGUGCAAUCUGAUGGCAUAAGCUACAUUUGCAAUAUAUUUCGCUAAUUUGCGAUUAUUUUCUACUUUACUGCAGUUUUAAUUUAAAUUCAGCCGUUUAGUGGGCCGGCUAUAAUUGUAGUUGUGAUCGUUAUAGAAUAUAUCAACAACAAUAGUAUAAUCUAAUUAGCACCAGCCAAUCAAAUGACAGAUUUAAAAAUCGUUUGUCUAAUCGGCCAAUCAGCGCUCAGUCCAGAUUCUGGACUGAACAACCAGACAAAGGCCCUGUUUACACUAUACCGGAUUCGCUGGUCACGACAUCUUCUUUUGCCGUUACGGAGCAAUGGUUAGUAGCAAAUGCUUAUUAGUUUGACAGAAUUGGCAUGUUUAUUUGGGUCUCUGAGAUUAAAAAUCUUCACAGCCUUUCGAUACCUACAAAAUUUGACCCACUCCGAUAGCAAUCCGGUAUAGUGUAAACGCGGCCAAAAUGCCACUUUUGUGUCAGGCCGUACUUUUCUCCCCUUCGCCCACGAUCAGGCGUGCCUGUGCCCUAAAAAGUACGGCCUGAUACUCAGGUUACGGUUGUACAAGAUGAAUAAGGGAUAAUUUGGAUGAUCCUUAAGCUAUGCUAGUUUAGUUUAGUUUAGCUUAGGUUUCCUCCUGUAGUAACAUUGGAUCAAUAAGAGAUGAUCCUUACUGGACCUCUACUGAACCUUUACUGGACCUCUAGGGAGAACAGUUUAGAACUGAUAGAGCUAUCCAGUAUAAAUAAAGUUAGUUUAGUUUAGGUUUCCUCCUGUAGUAACACUGGAUCAAUAAGAAUGAAUCUCUAGGAAGAACAGUUUAAAACUCAUAGAAAUAUCCAGUAUAAAUAAAGUUAGUUUAGGUCAUUUAAGUUAACCAUUUGUUCAAUUUUCUGUAGAGAAUGCUGGACGAAGGUCUUAUUCAACAUGCGUCUGGUUCUGUCCUUCAACCGUUCAUAGAUGGUUUUUAUCUUUAUUAUAUUGUAAGAACUGCUGAUAGAAAGCCUGGUAAGGAGUAGAUAAAGUUACAAAAAUAAACUUUACUUAUAUUGGAUAGCUCUAUCAGUUCUAAGCUGUUCUCCCUAGAGGUCCAGUAAGGAUCAUCUCUUAUUGAUCCAGUGUUACUACAGGAGCAAACCUUAUUAAACUAAACUAACUUUAUUUAUACUGGAUAGCCCUAUCAGUUCUAAACUGUUCUCCCUAGAGGUCCAGUAAGGAUCAUCUCUUAUUGAUCCAGUGUUACUACAGGAGCAAACCUUAUUAAACUAAACUAACUUUAUUUAUACUGGAUAGCCCUAUCAGUUCUAAACUGUUCUCCCUAGAGGUCCAGUAAGGAUCAUCUCUUAUUGAUCCAGUGUUACUACAGGAGCAAACCUUAUUAAACUAAACUAACUUUAUUUAUACUGGAUAGCCCUAUCAGUUCUAAACUGUUCUUCCUAGAGGUCCAGUAAGGAUCAUCUCCUAUUGAUCCAGUGUUACUACAGGAGGAAACCUUAACUAAGCUAACUUUAUUUAUACUGGAUAGCUCUAUCAGUUCUAAACUGUUCUCCCUAGAGGUCCAUUAAGGAUCAUCUCCUAUUGAUUCAGUGUUACUAGAGGAGGAAACCUUAAUUUAACUAAACUAACGUUAUUUAUACUGGAUAGCUCUGUCCGUUCUAAACUGUUCUCCCAGAGGUCCAGUAAGAGUCAUCAACACGAUGCUUGUGUGUUGAACAAACUUGUGAACUGUAGUGUUAAUUCAUUCCAGUGAAACGACCUGACAAUCAGUCAGACGAGCUUGCGUACAGGAUAUGGACGAAACAACAAGAUGAUAUUCUGCACCAGUUUCAAACCAAAUGGUUUGAAGGUGUUUUAAAAGAGCGAGGGUCUGAAUCUUCAAAUUGUCCUGUUGGUGUGUUCACACGGAGUGAGAAAGUGGACACACCUCAGCGUAAGACGUCAGGACACUCUUAUGAUAUGGGUGAGUGUUAGACGAAUAUAGUAACAUUUUAACAUUUCUUAAACUAAACUAACUGCUUUAUUUAUGGCAUAGCUUAGUCCAGUAAGGAUCACACCUUAUUGAUCCAGUGUUACUACAGGCCGGAGGUAACCUAAACAAAACGAACUUAUGAUACUACGAUACUGGAUAGUAGGCUGGAUCGAUAUCGCAAAUACCGAAUACCGAUAUACCGCCAUCAGAAUACCGGUAAAUACCGGUAUUCCGGUGUUUUUAACGUGUUUUUUUUUUAAACCAAACUGAAGUGCUGACCGUCAAGAAAAAUCAAGUUUUGGCAAAAUAUUAAUGUGGCACAUACUGUUAUUAGUGCAAAUGUCACAAGAUUCGCAUUAUCAAGCUAUGUUAACAAUUAACAGCGCUAAGCGGCAAUUAUUAGUAGGGCGAAGUGUUGAAUCAUUCAGAAAAAUAUUCGUUUUGUAUAUAAAUUCAGAUAGUGUUUCAGUAAGCUGUUAAUAGUUAUAAACAUAAAAAACGUUGCAUUUUUAAAACUAACACAUAAACAAGUUAGCAUGUCAGUUAAAUAAGAUUAAAAACAACAAAAAGUUACCUUCUUAUACUGCCCGAUAAAAAAAACUUGAAAAGCCAGAAAAGGUUUUCGCUGCUUCGCAAAUGCUAGCUAGUACUUACACUUUCCAAAAUCAAAGUUUUCUUUUUUGUCGAAAUUUUCCUUUAAAAAUUUCGCCAUUUAUAUAUUUCCGGUUAAGGCGAUUUAAUAAACAAGACGUCUGGUAUUGCUAAACCAAAGCCGCUAGAACUGUAAGAACAAAAUCAUGCAUCUGUGAGUAUUAACUUUGCUUUCUAAACGUGAUUGUAAGCAAGUUUGACUUGAAAUAGCGUUUCAUUUCGGUAUUAGGCAGCAAAAUAUCGAAAUGUCGGUAUAUCGGUAUUUUUAAAUUGUCAAUAUCGCCAAACCGGUAUCUAAACAAAUACCGGUAUAUCGGAUAUAUCCGGUAUAUCGAUCCAGCCUACUGGAUAGCUCUACAAUUCUAACAGUUCCAGAUGUACUGUUUAAUAAACGAGCAGGAGUGUUAUAUUUAGGAUGAAGAAUUAUAUAAUCAUACUAAUUAGGAUGAAGAAUUAUAUAAAGAAUACUAAUGAAGACGAGUUUUAUCAGAUAUAAAGUCAGGUGGACAUGAUUUGCCACAAGGUUUACGAAUUUUUAAUGAGUAUUUUAAGUCCAGUAAGGGUCAUCUCGGAUUGAUCCAGUGUUACACAGGAGGAAACCUAAAUGAAACUAACUUUAUUUAUAUAGGAUAGCUCUAUCAGUUCUAAACUGUUCUAGAGGUCCAGUAAGAGGAUCAUCCGUUAUUGAUCCAGUGUUACUACAGGGAGAAACCUGUUCGGAGUUUGGUAGAGUCAAACAGGCAGCACUCUUCUCACAUGUGACUGACGUGAAAUUAUAAGUAGACUGCAUAGGAAUCGGAACCCGGUGAAAGACACAUGCACUAACCACUCCGUGACCUUGGCACAAGUUUUAUAGUUAAAAUGAUGUUGGUUCUGUACCAGGUUCAAAAAAGAUCCCAGCAGCACGACAUGUGGAGAUACAUCUGGACAGAAGCAGCAGUGACCGUCCCGAGUGGUGCACUGUGAGAUACGAUAGUAUAUUUUGUCCAGAUAAUGCCUAUGUGGUACAUCUUCGUUGGUUGGUCUCCACUGGAUCUGUUAUCAAUCAAUUGGUAGGGAAAUGUUAAGCCUGUACUGAUUUAACCUGCGAUCAGGCGUUCUUGGGAGGGAUAUGUGAGGGCCUGAUCGCAGGUUAGUUACAGAUUAGGUAACUUUGUUGCUGAAAUAUUGUUUUUGAGCUAAUGUUGUUCAUACUAGGUUCAAAGCUGGGCACGAAAGGUUACCUUAUAUGGAUUUCAUUUGGUACCAUUACCUACAUUUUUAAAAGACGGUCAACCCGCCCGAAGUGACCCAUUCACAAGCGCUCAUCAUAUUCCGCUUGACGUCACGUGGUUGAGAGAGCAUGCCUCGUUUCAAGGUGAGUACUGGUCUCGAUUUAACUGGAUGAAUAAUACUGAUCUCAUAAUAAUUAACUGGAUGAGUAACACUGACCUUAUAAUUAACAGAAAAACUCAUCUAGAAUAAUUAACUAUAUGUUCAAUACUGAUCUCAUAAUAAGUAAUUAGAUGUUGAAUAUGGAUCUCAUAUUCAUAAUUUUAAAGGUGAUCUACAGUCCGUAUGUAAACAAAGCCUUUGUUUACAUUUUUGUGUCCAAAAUAUUGAGCUUUAUUCGACAACUAUUUAUAUUUUCAAGCUUCUAGAGUAUAAUAAAUGAUCAAGAAACAACAAUAUGUUUGUAUCGUAAAAAGUGGGCUCAUUUGUGCACAUGCGCAGAUCGGACUGUAGAUCACCUUUAAAUAAUUCAUUAAUAAAUCUCAUUAAAUUUUUUUGGCCACUUUGCUACUUUUUAGGCAUUUCAGAAGAGGAAUUCAAGACAAGGGUUUUCCUAUUUCAAGAAGCCAUCUUGAAAAGGUAUUUUCAUAUUGUAUUGUUGCCUUCAAAACAUAAAUAUACAACUUAAUAUACAUGCUAAAUAUACUUGUUUAGAAGAACAUAAAAUUAUUGUCUCGUUCAAACUGGAACAAUAAAAUUAGCAUAUUAUGCCCAUCUAAACAAAUGGUUAUUAUUCAAUAAGACUGUAGUUACACAAUUUACUACUUAAUCACUAAUGAAUAUCUUUCAUGUGAUUUUGAAGAGAGUCGUUUGAUUCAAAGCUAUAACCACAUAACGAGCAAACAUAAUUAAUAUCCUCAUAAUUAAUAUUAUGGUUUUGUCCAUCAUCUUUGUCAUUGUCUAGUUCAGACACGUCUUUUGCAUGGCUCCUUUUAUGACGUGAUAGUCCUCUAGUCGAAGUAAACUCCCUCUCACAUUUUUCACAUGCAUAUCUCUUGUUUUGCAAGUGGUUGGAUUCAUCGUGAGUCUUUUUAUGUUUCACAAGACUAUUCUUCGAUGCCAAUCCUUUGUUACAAAUGUCGCAUUGAAACGCCUUCUCGCCAGUGUGGGUCCUUUGAUGAGUUUUCAAAUUCCCAGAUGUUCUGAAACAUUUGUUGCAAGUAUCACACUUGAAAUUUUUUAUGUCCGUAUGUGUGAGCUCAUGACGUUUCAUGUCGGCGUUUUUUAUAAACGUUUUCUGACAAAGUGGACAUUCGUAAGGCCAAUCACCAUUGUGCCUGCGUAUGUGCGUUUUCAAAUCACAUUUGAAUGUGUAUGCCUUAGGGCAACGGUCGCAUUUGAAUGGUUUUACUCCAGUAUGUGUUCUUUUAUGAGCAGCUAAAUGGUACGUUCUGGUGAAUGAUUUUCCACAGAUGUCGCAGUGGUGAGGUUUGAGGCCAGUGUGGACCUGUACAUGACGUCUUAGAUCACUUGCUAACGUGAAAAUUUUCCCACAUGUCGUACAUUUAUGUUCUGCAGUUUCUGUGUGCGUAGUCAUGUGACGUUUCAACUCGUACGGCCGGUGGAAUGCUUCCAAACAAAUCACACACACGCAAGGGUUUUCUCCAGUGUGUGUUCUUUUAUGAACGGUAAGGUCGGUAGUGCGACAGAAUGUCUUGUUGCAAAUAUCGCAUUGAUGAGGGCGUUCACCGGUGUGCAUUCUUUUAUGACGUUUUAAAUCCCCUGAAAAUCCAAACGAUCGCUGACAUAUGUCGCACUGAAACGGCUUGGCCCCGGUGUGCUUUCGAUUAUGACACAUCAAGUCACAUGACCUAUGAAAUGAUUUUCCACACUGCUCGCAUUGAAAAGGCUUGACGGUAUUAUGAAAUACUUUGUGAGUUUUCAAACGAUAUGCGGUCGGAAAGGCUUUGGGGCAUUGGUCGCAUUUAAACUCUUUUGGUAGCUCAGUGUGGGUAGUUUUAUGCACUUUUAAGCUAGCCGGAGCCAGGAAUGACUUUUGGCACACAUCGCAUUGGUGCUGCUCACGGUUCUCUGAAUGUAUUUUCUUGUGUGUCCGUAAAUUCGACUGAUUUGUGAAACCUUUUUGACAAACAUCACAGAUGUAAGGUUUCGAGCGUGUAUGUGUAACCAUAUGUUGCUUUAGCUCGCCAGCAGUGUAAAACGCUUUCUGACAAUUUUGACAAGGAUACGGUCUGUGUCCAGUGUGUUUUCGUUGGUGCACUGUCAAGCUUCCUGAUGAUGUAAACUGUUGAUCACAUAUACCGCAAAAAUAAGGUCGUUCUCCAGUAUGGAGCCUUUUGUGCCGUUUCAAAUCCCCUGAGAAGGCGUAGGAUUUCUCACACAGAUCGCAUUGAUAAGGCUUGAGUCCUGUAUGUGAUUUAUCAUGAUCUUUUAGAUGUGUUUUUCGUGUGAAAGUUUUCUGACAAGUUUCACAUUGAAACGGCCGUUCUCCAUGAAUGCUUUGAUGGCGGUUUAGUCCCACCUCCGUAGGAUAUAUUUUAUCACAUUCGUCGCACUUAAACACUCUAUGUUCGUCUGGUUUUUCUUGAGUAGAUAAACUCAAGUCAUCAGCAAAGUUUGUUGUUAAUAUUUGAGAGCUUUCAUUCUGUGGCAAAUCGGCAUUUAAAGGUGUUAAGUUACACUCGUCACUCGCCGUUGUGUCAACCCUUGCGGCCGCCAUAUUUGAAAGAUUAUUCCAAAAAUCUCCACUUUACAAAUUUCUGAUACUUUAUAAAUUUCUUAAAUCUCUCGAUCUUGCAAAUUUUCUGACUUUCUAAGCGAUUUCUUAUCUGUUUUUGUUGCUUUCAAAUUUUGAAUGCAAAAACGUGGUCUGAUUUUUAAAUGUCUCUCCCCCCGGAAUUUUGCAAGUGUGCUCUAUUUUGAACUGGAGUGAGAUUAAAAUAUGUCUGGACCAUUUGACAAUCACAGAGUGUCAUUCACAAGUAGUUGGAACUUGGUGGUAUGCAGUAGCAGGGUUGCACACAGCAGCAGGGGGGGGGGGGGGGGGGAGCAGCAGGGGGAGGGGCAGCAGGGGCAACUGUUCCCACAGAAAUUUUGACUUACUAAUUUUAUAAUGUUAUGAUAAACUAGAAUUUGCAAAUGGCGAAUGGUACUUAUAAGGCGAAUGGUACUUAUAUUCUUGUGAAUCAGAUUGUACGAUUCUGUAUGGCAUAGUGUUAUGCAUGGCAUUUUGGGUACUUAUUUUAGCAUAUAUAGGUAUUAUUGCUUGCCUGGUGAAAAAUCCUGUGUACAACAGUGAGUGGUAGCAUGCUAACCAUACCAGUGCCACUCAACUAAAUGACCAUAUUGGCACAGAGUACUACACAGAAGUCCAUCUCCACUGUUUUUUGCGUAAGCGUUAUUCGUCAUGAUUCGUCACUCAGCAAGUACCGUAAACAGAAGCAGUCACCCCCCUGGAAAUACUAAAAAUGGCGCAUGUCCAGGGGGGUGACUGCUUCUGUUUACGGUACUUGCUGAGUGACGAAUCAUGACGAAUAACGCUUACGCAAAAAACAAUGGAGAUGGACUUCUGUGUAGUAUUCUGUGAUAUUGGUGACCAUACAUAUACAUUGUCUCUUUUCUAGGUUUGGUUUCAUUAAAGAUUUUCCAUAUAACGAAGGAAUUUAUUCGUGCUACCAAACAAGAAGCAAACCUGGUGUAUAUCGCUAUGUUCAUUACACCGGAGCAUUGUUUAUGACUAUAGUAAACAACGACUCUUAUGGCUAUAGAUGGAUACUAAACUAUACCCUCACAAAACGUUGGAAGUCCUCGGUAACCCUAGACCAAGACGCGGUCAGAAAACUUGUCAAAAAUAUGCGAGGGUUUUGUGAAAAUAGGGAGGGCAAGUUAGCCAAGUACUUGGAGUCAUUUACAGUGAGAUGUCAGGAAAAUUCAGGCGUGCAGACAAAAGAGAAGUUCGGCAAUGAUGUAUUUGAACGGGUCUUAGAAACCUGCCCAGACGAUUAA